AUUCUUUGCACAUGAGUUAGGUUUCUCAUCAAAAUUUCUUUAUUCACUCAUCUUGAUACAAGGCAGGAGGAACAAGAGGAAAUUAAGGAGACAAGUUGAUUUUUUUGAAAAGGAGGACUACUCCUUGAUCCAAUACUAAUAAUCGAAAAAGUUCACAGCAAGUUCAAUCUAUAGUGACAAGGGAACAUUUCCGCCGGAGGUAUUUGUCUAAGUUAAAAAAAGUAUUCGCUACUACUUACGUAACCUUUAUUCACUCGUCUUGCUGCUUCGGAACUGUUGAGAGGAGAUCCAUCUGAGCUGCAAAAUUUGAUCUGAGUUCAACCUGUGAUCUUUAUCCAAUUCAGAAUGCUUAUGCAAAACACUGGUGGUAAUAACCAUUGUACAUCUCAGGGAAGAAUCUUUUUUUCUCCAAAUAUAUAUUGAUCAUCAGUAAUGCGAAAACCAAGUUGAUCAUGAAUCCAAGUAGAAACAAUUCUCAGGCUAAUAAGCAAGAAGCAGCUGGUCAUGAUCAUGACACCAACAAGAGUAAAAUCUCAAGGACUCCAUCAUCAAGUUCAAGGCAGUCAUGGGCAGGCUUUAAAAAUCCAAGAAUUGUACGCGUUUCGCGUUCAUUUGGCGGGAAAGAUAGGCAUAGUAAAGUUUGCACUGUAAGGGGAUUAAGAGACAGAAGAAUAAGACUUUCAGUGCCUACUGCAAUUCAAUUGUAUGAUCUUCAAGAUAGACUUGGACUCAGCCAACCUAGCAAAGUUAUAGACUGGUUACUUGAUGCUACUAAACAUGAAAUUGAUAAACUCCCACCUUUACAAAUGCCGCCACCAUCUCUUUCUCACUUCUUCAAUAAUACAAAUAAUACAUAUAUGAGAGAUGGACCAAAUCAAGAAUUGUUGUCUCUCAAGGAAUCUAACCAUUUUGAUGCUACUACAGCAUUUGGAAAAGACAAAUGGAUUGCCUCAAAUGAGCAAGAAAAUAAGGAUGGUACUAAUAUUGGAGGUUAUGUUCCACUAUUUUCAUCUCAAAAUAUUUCUUCUUUACCUGCAGGUAUGUUAAACAGCAAUAUACCCUUCAAUAAUAACUACCGUAAUUGGGAAAUACCUAAUUCAAAUUUGUCUUUAGCUCCAUUUGGAAAUAAUAACCAUACCUUUUCAUCACAAACAGAAGACAAUCCUAUAUCAAUGUCUUUUCCUUCAGGCUCUCAUAAUUUAUAUUUCUGUCCAACUGCUACAACAUUGUCAUCUCUUGUUCCAGCUCCAUUUAUGAGUACCACUAAUUCACAGCUCAACCACUUCCAUUUUUUAAACUCAAGUACUA